AUGGGAACAAAAUGGACUCCUGGAUCUUCCCUACUUGUGCUCCUCUACUAUGGGCAGCUCUUUCCUUGGCUUAGGAUUGUGGGUGAUCCAAGCUUAGAUGACCACAUGAUGCCCUUCCUGGAGAUGUGUACUACUGAGACAAAGCUGUUCCUGAAGUUUUAUGAUCAAACAGCCAAGAUUGUGUUGAAUCAGUUCACAGAGGCCACUUGGAACUAUGUCACCAGCAUCACCAAGUCAAAUCAGGAGGAAAUACUGCUGAAGGAGGUAGAGAGGUCCCAGUUCAUGAUAUACUUUGGCACCUGGGCCCACCUAUUUAAGAUUGCCCAGUUCCAGGACACAGCUGUGAAGCACAUGCUGAGUAAGCUGCAGGACAUAGGCAAGGUGGCCACCUUGCCCCAGGACGAGCUCUGGGAGUACAACUAGCUUCUGUCCUACAUGGAGACGACAUAUAGCAGGGCCCAGGUGUGCCUGGAUGAGGGGCCCUGCAUGCCCCUUGAGCCUGCUGAGUGCACAGAUCUUGAAGAAAUCAUGGCCACCUCCAGGGACCAGAAUGAGCUCCUGUGGGCCUGGGAGGGCUGGCGGGACUCUGUGGGUCACAUCCUCCGCCCCAUCUUCUGGCGCUACGUGGAGGUCAGCAACAAAGCUGCACAGCUCAAUGGCUACAAAGACAUGGGAGCUUUGUGGUGUGCUAAGUAUGAAUCAGACACCCUGGAACAAGACCUGGAGCAACUUUACCGAGAGCUGCAGCCGCUCUACCUCAACCUGCAUGCGUAUGUGCGCCGCACCCAGCACCGCCACUGUGGGCCUGAACUCAUCAAUUUGCGGGGACCCAUCCCUGCCCGUCUGCUGGGGAACAUGUGGGCUCGGUCCUGGGUCAAGAUCCUAGACCUGGUCCUGCCUUUCCUUAAGAAGCCCCUCAAGGACAUCAAGAAGAUUAUGAGAAUGCACAUGUACUCCCCCUUCCCCGCACCCCUGGAAGCCUGGGAAAGCAAAUUCUUCACCUCCUUGGGGCUGUCUGCCCCACCUGAUUUCUGGAAAAAGUCAGUGCUGGAGAGGCCGACUGAUGGGCAGGAGGCGGAAUGCCAAACCUCUGCCUGGGACUUCUACACUGGCGAUGACUUCAGGAUAAAGAAAUACACGGAAGUGACCAUAGGAGACCUGCUCUCCAUCUUCCACCAGAUGGGUCAUAACCAGUACUUCUUGCAAUGCCAGAACCCCCCUGUAAUCUUCCAUGAAGGUGCCAACCCUGCUUUGGGGGAUGCUGUGGGAUCAAUAGCCACUCUCUCUGCCCCUUCCCACAAGCACCUGUUCACCACAGGCCUGCUCAGCCUCCAGCUCCAGGACUCAGAGGAGGAAAUCAACUUCCUGCUGGGCAUUGCCCUGGAGAAGAUCGCCUUCAUCCCCUUCAGCUAUCUGGUGGACGUGUUUCGCUGGAAGGUCUUUGAUGGCACCAUCCAGAAGCACAUCUACAACCAGGAGUGGUGGAAGCUCAGGUUAAAGCACCAGGGGCUGUGGCCACCUGUUCCUCGGACAGAGGAUGACUUUGACCCAGGUGCCAAGUUCCAUGUUUCUGCCAGUGUGCCCUAUAUUCGGUAUUUCCUUAGCUUAGUGCUCCAGUUCCAGCUUCACAAGGCACUGUGCAAUGCCUCAGGCCAUGUAGGUCCGCUGCACCAGUGUGACAUCUCUAGCUCCAAGAUGGCUGGGAAGAUCCUGGGGAAUGCCCUGAAGCUGGGCUCGAGCAGGCCCUGGCCAGAGGUCCCAAAGGAGCUGACUGGGCAGUCCAACAUGUCUACAAAGGCCCCCAUCAAGCCACUCCUGAACUGGCUAGUGGCUGAGAAUGUGCGGCAGGGAGAAAUCCUGGGCUGGCCAGACUUCACCUGUUCCUUUGAAGAAAGAACAAACAAAGUGGAUUUACUGGGUCUGCUGUUGAAGCCUGGCCAGGUUACAUUUGGGCAGUGGGUGCUGCUGUUUCUGAGCUUUGUCAUGUUCCUGGUGGUCCUGGGACUGGCCUACAGGCUGUACUUCCUGGAAAAAUGGUCACUAGACCAGGACAGCAUGAUACUCAGUUCCCUGCCCUCCACCUAUUUCCUGGGAGUGGCCAUGGAGCCCCAACAGGCUACCCGAAGACAGUGGAUCCUGCUGGGCCUCUGCUUCAUCCUCAUGCUUUGUGUGAUCAGCAUAACCAUUUGGAUCUUCACAUACCACCACAGGAAGCCUCCAUGGAUGAGAGCUGAAUGGUAGAGCAAGGAUUAGCCACCAGUGAGACUGCCAGCCCAACCCAGCCCCCAAACACAGGGGCAGCCAGAACACCUCUGCACCUCCCCAGGAGGCCAUGCUGACAGUCCUCUCACAGCUACAGUGGCCAAUGAGGCUCCCCCCAGGCACUGUGAUUCUGCGUGUCAAAUGCACACCCAGCCCAGGACCCCCAGCCUUUCACCAACUUCAGCAAAAGCCUUUCACUGAUCCUCCUUGGCCAUCCUUCCUCCACCACCCUGUCACUGUAAGGUUUAUUUUGCCCAAAUAUCUCUUCAAUGUUUUCAAAUUUUUUUCAAAAUGUCUAACUGCUUAAGGACUUGGU